AUGCUUUUCUUCUUUGUAUUUGGCAAGUUUGGAGCAGUGGCUGCUACAAUCCCAUUGCCAAUAGUAGCAGCUGCUUAUUGUGUCCUCUUUGCCUAUGUCGCAACUUCUGUUGGACUUGGCUUUCUGAAAUUCUGCAAUCUAAACAGCAACCGAUCAAUGGUCAUCGUCGGCUUUUCUCUCUUCAUCGGUCUAUCUGUUCCACAAUAUUUCAAUGAAUAUAUGGCCCUAUCUAGACAUGGCAUAACUCACAUUGGCCCUUCUUCGUUCAACAAUAUAAUGCAAGUGAUUUUCUCAUAUCCAACAACUGUGCCAAUUAUAAUUGCUUACUUAUUGGAUUCCACAAUGAGCCUUGAAAAAUGUACAUAUAUGCUCUAUUUCACAUUAGGAGUUCAUGAUCUUAGGUCUCAACUUGGUAUCAUCCCUCAGGAGCCUGUCAUUUUCGAAGGGGAUGGGCGACUCCACUACGAAUAUUUUCCCGAAAGUGUCACAAUGCUAUCUGGCAUUUCAGCCGAUUUCUUGGUUGAGCUUGAUUUUUCUGGUUUUAACUGGAGUUAG